GGUUAUUAGUUAACUAAUUAAGCACCUACGUAUAGUAUUGUAGCUCUCCAUUAUUUACUAUAUAUCCAAAGCAAGCUAAGUUAAGCUAUAUAAAUAUUUACACUUUUAUCAUAAUUUCCAACCAUUAUAUUUUGCCUUCAAACUCUCUCACAAAUCAGCAGCCCCAAAUGGGAUUUGAAGACGACAGCAUCUGCAACACUGCCCUCACUCUCAGCCUCCUCGGAUCCUCCGACCACGACGUUGUCGCCGCCCCAGGAUCAGGAUGUCGCUUUCAUCUGAAAUCCUCUCCGCCGGUUUCGGAUACCACCUGCCUCCGCCCCUCUCUGACGCUCGGCGGCCCCCCGCCGCCGGAGGAAGAGUUGAAGUUUGAAGUGGCGGCGGAGGAAGAUGGGACCAGCAUGGCGUCGUCGUUUUCCAACUCGAGUAUGAAGAGGGAGAGAGAAAUCGGCGGCGGCGGGGAAGAAGAGGUGGAGCUGGAGAUAAUGGAACCGACGAAGGGAUUAUCCGGUGACGAUGACGAGGUUGUUGGUACGAGGAAGAAACUUAGGUUGACCAAGGAACAAUCAGUUGUUUUGGAAGACAGCUUUAAAGAACACAGCACUCUUAAUUCUAAACAAAAGGAACACUUGGCAAGAAAACUAAAUUUACGACCAAGACAGGUAGAAGUGUGGUUCCAGAAUCGAAGAGCCAGGAAUAAGCUGAAACAGACGGAGGUGGACUGUGAGCUACUAAGAAAGUGUUACGACAGCUUAACCGAUGAAAAUAGAAGACUGCAAAGAGAACUGCAAGAGCUGAAAGCCAAGACCCCGGCGGCGGCGGCAGCGGUGGCGGUGGCGCAGCCAUUUUACAUGCAGCUGUCGGCGGCUACGCCGCUCACCAUGUGCCCUUCCUGUCAGCGGACUUACGGAGGUUCCGGUGACAACUCCGCCGCCAACAUCGGAGAAAAGUCUCAUUAUUAUGGCUCUAAGCAUAACGGAACCAUUGCCUGUUAGACUGUUAAUCAGGUUUGUGCAUGCAUGAACUAGGAAAUUAAAACUUUUAUGAUACUAAA